AUGAAGCUCAACUUGCUCAUCAGCCUCGCCCUCGCCGGCCUGGCCGCCGCACAUACCGUCAUCUCCUACCCGGGCUGGCGCGGUAAUAACCUCAUCACUAACGACACUUUUCCCUACGGCAUGCAAUGGAUGUAUCCCUGCGGCGGCAUGGGCGUCACCAAGAACCGCACCUACUGGCCCAUCGGCGGCGGCACCGUCGCCUUCCAGCCCGGCUGGUUCCGCGGACACUCCCUCGCCUUUGUCCAGAUCAACCUCGGCUUCGGCUCCGACCCCAGCGUCAACAUCCACGGCGGCCCGCCCAACAUGAGCAACCCCAUGAUCGCCCCUUUCCAGAUCAUCGGCCCCAGCAACAACCCCUACCCGGGCACCGUCUGCCUCACCCAGGUCCCGCUGCCCGCCGGCGCCAAGGUCAAGGCCGGCGACGAGGCCACCAUCCAGGUCGUCGAGACCGCCCAGCACGGCGCCGCCCUCUACUCGGUAAGCCAGCCCCCAACCAACCCCAUCCUCCUCCAUCGCAGCAGAACUAACACGGAGAUGCAGUGCGUCGACAUCAUCUUCGCCGAGCAGGGCGACCCGCGCAUCGCCCCCGUCAACGAGUCCAACUGCUACAACUCGACAGACAUUGGCUUCGCCCAAAUCUACACAAUCACCACCAAAGACUCGGGCACCGACAACUACACCACCUCCGCCGCCGAGCGCACCCUCCACUCCGUCAGCUGGGUCGGCUGGACGCCGCUGCUCUUCGCCAGCGCCGCGCUGCUGCUGCUGUAA